GGUAAGCGCCAUAUACAAGAGGCGAAGCUGAGCAGAGGGGAAGGGAGCUUGGUCUGUUUGGUACUGAUGACUGCGGCCAUUGUCUCUUUUCCAUCUUAGCGUUGCGAGAUCAAGGGGGAGGGGAAUUUUUUUUAAAAAAAGGAAUCGCAGGAGAAGAAUGGGGAAGCUGGAGGAAAUCGUACGCAUAGCGAAGAAGAUGGAUAAGAUGGUGUCCAAGAAGAACACGAGUGGUGCGAUUGAUUUACUGAAAGAACUUAAAAGCAUUCCCAUGACUUUGGAUUUGUUGCAGUCUACACGGGUUGGGAUGUCUGUGAAUGCUGUUAGAAAACAAAGCACGGAUGAAGAAGUCACAACACUUGCUAAGUCACUCAUCAAAUCAUGGAAAAAGCUGCUAGAUGGCCCUGCAGGAGACAAAGACGCUGAAGACAAAAGAAAGGAAUGUUCAUCUUCCUCAAAGAACAUUUCAGACUCAACAGAACAAAGCUCGAGUAAGAGACCAGAACCAAGAACACCUACUACUCCAAAGAUGACCACAUUCCCUCCAGUUCCUGUUACAAGUGAUACUGUCCGCAAUAAGUGCAGAGAAAUGUUGUCGGCUGCCCUCCAAACAGACAAUGAUUAUGUUGCAAUAGGAACUGACUGUGACCAUAUGGCAGCUCAAAUUGAAGAGAUUGUAUUCCAAGAGAUGGGCAAUACAGAUAUGAAAUACAAAAACCGAGUGCGAAGCAGGAUAGCUAACCUAAAAGAUACCAAAAACCCCAAUUUAAGGAAGAAUGUUCUCUGUGGAAAUAUUACACCAGAACAAAUUGCAAGAAUGACUGCUGAGGAAAUGGCAAGUGACGAACUGAGAGAGAUUCGGAAAGCUUUAACAAAUGAAGCUAUCAGAGAGCGCCAGAUGGCCAAGACUGGUGGUACUGAAACUGCCCUCUUCACUUGUGGGAGGUGCAAACAGAAGAACUGUACUUAUACACAGGUUCAAACACGAAGUGCUGAUGAACCCAUGACAACGUUUGUCUUUUGCAAUGAAUGUGGUAACCGAUGGAAAUUUUCUUAAGUAACGAGAAGACUACAGCUGGACCAAUAUAUGAAUUAUAUACCUAAAUUAUAAAGGAUCAUCAUGUAUAUUAAAUCUCACAUUUUGUUAGAUAUAUCGCUGUAAAUUAAAUCUUUGCAAUUAUACUCCUUUGCAGCUCAGCUGAUGUAAUCUAAACUUGUACUGUAAUUGAAUCUGUUAAUUAAUGCAUUGUAUGGUACAAGAAGUUGCAUUUCACUUCAGUGUUUUAAAACUUCUUUAUA